CGAUGUACAUUUAAGAUAACGAUUUAGGAACUACUAGAAGCUCAACAGCUGUUUGCAUUAGUAUAAAAGACGUGAAAAAUCGUAUUGGAUGUCAGACGUAGCAGUGAUUUCAUUCAACAACAUCCUUUGAAAAUUAAAGAAGCAAAAUGAAAAUUGCAUUGGUACUUGUUGUGUGCUUCGUCUCCCUGACUUUGCAGCAGAACGUCUUUUGGUCCUACCCAGGAAGACGCGUUCCUUAUUAUUCCAUGUACAACCAUAAUAUUCCAGAUGAUCUGCCCAUUCUUGCUGCCCUCGAUCCUGCUGGACAUCACCAACUUUAUCCAAACAACUACGGUGCCCGUGCGCAAGGUGGAGUGGCGGAGCGGACGCUUGAAGAUUCUGGUCUCUACCAACCGCUAGAACCAAAGGCGGAAUCCAGAACAUUUGGCCUCAAUAAUUUAGUCAGCAUUAUUCUGAGUUCGCUGUCACUCUCCAGUAGUAGCACGACAUACACAACGACUACGUCCACCAUCACAGCCGGAACAGUGAUCACGUGUUUUACCAAGACGAUGUUCAAUGCGACCACAGCUUGCCGGAGAAAGCGAGAUGCUCUGCUGAUGAUUUCCGAAGUGUUGAUUGGCGAUUAUGACGGUCAAGACGAACCGCUUGGCGAUGACAACGAAUGGGAUGGUGAGUUGGAGCCUUUGCCGAGAGAAAAAAGGGACGUAGAUCUAGCCCGUUUAAUCGCAUCCUCCAAAACUGAAAGUGAUCUUCAUGUCAAUGAUGUUGCUCCCAAACAAACCGAAUCGUCAGUUGAUGGCUAUUUCCGUCAAAAUCGAGCCAUCGUCACAUCAACAUUGACUUCAUAUACGGUGUCUUAUUCAACCAGUUCCAGGAUUGUAACGAAUAUCGCUUCAGAAAGUGCCCUGUCUUGCCUGCCAUCGGGAUUUACCCUUUGCUAGUUUCAAUACCAUCAUGACGACACGUUAUUUAUAACCAACAAACCACUUCUAGGCUAAGAAUUUUGGCUGAAUAAUGAUUCUUUUAAUUAAUAUGAAAACAUGUGGUAGGCUAUUCUGCUGUAGUUACUUGAUUAAUACACCAUUUCUGCAUCUA